CCACGGUCACCUUCGAUUUGGCGUAAUACCAGCGGUGAUGUCAUGCACAUGGUGUAUCUUAUUAAAUAGCUGCGAGUAUGCUGUGGGGCUGCACGUCCCUUGCUUCGCAUCAAUUCGCACUUUUCACCAAUGUCCUACCCUCAUUACCAGUCAACUCUACAUGGAUGGGGAAGCAACCAACUACAAUUUGGCCGUCCUCCCCCGAUUCAGUUUCAACCACAACCUUCUUGGGGCGGAUAUGAUUAUUUCAGAGCACACGCACCACAUAUAGACCCUGUGAUCUUCAAUCAGGUGUAUGGCAGAAUCUCUAAUGCAGAUAUGAUUCCCGUGGGUGUAGGUAUCAACGAGGCUCGUAUAUGGCACCGACGGGCAUACGGUGGUCUUUGUGCAAUCAAUGCGCUGACUCCCCAAGAAAUCGGAUAUGCCUCGGCCUACGAAGCGCACCGAAUCUGGAUUCACAACUAUGUGCUUUAUGAACCUUUUCGCGCAGAAAUUGAGCGCCAACGAGAAGCAUUCAUAGGGCUUACCAUUGCAGAAGCUAUCAGGAUGUACAUGAUCUCACGCCCGGUUGAUGUGGACGGUUGUAUGCCAGCGUGCGAAGCAGCAGCAGCGACUGCAUCACAUAUAUUCGAUGAAAACAUGUCGGGUCCCGCCGGAGGUGACGUAGGUCGCGGUGCAGGGAUGGGGUACGAAUCGUACGAUACCAAAAUGGACGUUGGCGCAUAUGGCUCAGGAUUCGGGACACCCGGGAUGACAGGUUCUGGCAUGGCUGGUGGGAUCGACCCACAUGCCAUCGACUAUGACGCACCAUACUUCAGUCAGAGCACUGGUAGACACAGGCGGCUCUCGAUGCCAGCCCAAUAUGACCCUACACGAGCACAUAGCUCGAGAGCGGGAACGGUUAUGCGUGGGAGCUCGCCUUACUUGGCCACUGCACCUAGUAUGGGGGGCGUAGGAGCGAGUCCUGGAAUUUAUGGUGGUAAGAGCCCCCUACUAGCAGGCGGGAAUGGAAUGGGAAUUGCAAAGACGCACGGAGGUGUUUAUUCUCCCUAUGGUACUGGGUCCUCUGCGUAUGGAGGGGCAUCCCCGGUACAUGGGCCACCCAUUUACGGCGCGCCUUCGCCAUACACCGGCGCCCCGAGCGUCACAACGGUGUCCGCCUAUCCAGGCAGUACGACUGUCAUCCAAAUGCCCCGAAGACGCCACAGGUCAUCUAGCAGACAGCAUAAACACCACGAUAGGCGUGCGCGGAGUGCUGAGCCGGGUAUGAAUGCAUACGCUAACCCUAUGGGUAGUCCUGGAGGACUAGCAGGCUUCGUUGGAGGGGCAGCAGGAGGACUAGGACGAGGUACGGUGGGUAGUUUCUAUGGUAGUCCUAACAAAGGCUAUGGUUACCCAGGACAUGGAGGCAUAUAUAGAUAGUAAUGCGCUUCGGACUAUGAUGCAGUAUAUCCUAAAACAUUCUCGAUAGUGUAUAUGUACUUGGAACCGAUAUAUGCGACGCACGGCAAUAUGUAACACUGGUUUUCGUUCAAUUACGAAAAUACACAUCGUCCGACCAACUAGACCACUUCUC